AUGCCAGCUCACCGGGCGAGGAGAGUUCCGAUCAGUGAGUCGGAUCGCGUUCAACCCACGCCGUCAAUAGUCAAUGGGCCCCAGCACCCGCGCCUCGAUGUUGCGGCACACCGCACCGACAUCCACGCUGUUCGACAAGAUAAGACAAGGAAAGACUCUGGCCUUCCUCUCCGCUUCACACCCACUUCAAGCAGCGGACGGCAGACACGCUUGCUCGUCAAAGUUCUGCACGAGCGGCUGCAAGGCUCAAUGGGAGCAAACGAGGAGGGGCCCAGAUGCACGCACGGUAAUGCGUGCGGCAACGCGAAGGACGACGAAGGCGGGGACGCAGCCCUCGCAACUGGCAUGCAUGAAACUUCGGCUGUGGCAUCGAACAGCCAGAGCUAG